AUGCUUGCUGGAUUGACCCAAGCUGAGCUCCUCAAACUCAGCCCAGAACUUGGUGAUUGUGUUGGAGGGUUGGAGGAUGAGGUUGAUAGAGCUCACGUUAUCUCGUCCAGGUCCGGGGAGCUACAUGAGUUCAGACUAAAAGAUCAGAAUGAGGAGAAGGAGUGUGACAUGGCCAGAGACAGUUGGAGAAGCAGAUGCAAGAUGGAUGGAGAUCGUAGAGCAGAUAUAGCCAAAGAUGGCAAAACGACCGAGGAGAGCACACAAAGAACCACCUCGUUCACUGAGAUGGCAAGGAGAAAGAAAAGGAGCAGCGGUCUGACCUCCGACCCUUACUACAGCACUGGUUUUAGCAAUACACAGGAAACCAAAGCAAAGAAUAUGAGCUUUGAGUCUUUCCGAUAUCCUGCCGAGGUACUGGAUUCUCCCCCCCCUCCUCCUCCUCGCCCCUUACCCCCAAUCCCCCCAUCUGUGCCACACCACAAAGUCAGCACUCUCCAGGCUAACUCUGCACAGCCUGAGCGAUUUGAUUGGCUCAUAGCAUUCACGCCUGACGGUGAAGCCAAAUCACAGCAUCCAUUCCUGGCAGUGAGAAAGUCCCUUGUGGAAAAUCAGAAGAAGCUCAGUUCUUCAGGGUCAACUCCAGGGUUAGGGCCAAACGUCACAACUUUUAAAGAGCUGCGUUACCGCAACAAGGGCACCUUCCUCCCAACAAAGGUGAUCACUGAUCCAGACCCUGACCCAACAGUUAUUACUCCAGAUGCAGAUAUACUGUACAACCUGAGGUGGAGAAGAGAGAUGGCAGGUGGAGAUGGCAACCAAUGGGAGUACACCUCUCAGGCCCAGGCCUUCUUCAUGCAGCCGCCACCAGCUCUCACCUCAAUGGCCGCUUUGAAGGAAAUGCUUCAGAGAGCUGACGAGGAGGGUAGACAACCAGAGCUGUGCCCGAUACAGAAGAUUGGCUCCUCAGUCAGCGACAGCAGCCUGUGGACCAUGGGCAGAGAAUGGGAGGGUGAACAAGUUAAGAGGGAGGAAAAGGAGGGAAAAGAAGAAGAGGAGGAAGAGGAGGAGGCGGCGGUGGAGGUGAGAGGACGAGCCGAUGGAGGAAGGACUUUUGACACAAGAACUACAGCUGUUCGCAGUGUCUCAUUCGCUGGCUCCGUACAGAGGACAGAGACAUCCUGGAUGGGAGAAGAUGUGAAGCAUCCAAUGAGAGCUCUGGUCAGUGCGGUCAGCGUGGCAGUGGAAGCCAUCUUGGCCCAGUUCAGCUCUUCUCGGACUGUAGUUCAGAAGGCCUUAUCAGGAGACAGCACUAUAAAUCCAUCUCUGGGCCGUCUGAUGCUGCAGUUUCUCUGCCCUGCCCUGCACAGCUUGCUGACUGAUGGCUUGAAACCUCACCAGAGUGACCUGAUUGCAGGCAGGAGGCCAAAUUCAGCCUGGGGUCUGGUCCAGGCCUCAACCCGACCAGGUCCUAAAACUCAAGUGUUGUUCAACCUUCAAGUCCGUGUCGGAGAGCUGCCUCAGCUCAGACAGAGCAAACACAGGUUCAACGCAUUCCUCCUUGGUCUACUGAACACCAAGCUUCUUGAUUUCUGGCUGUCUCACCUUCAGUCUUGCAGCGAUGUGCUAGAGACAUAUUACCGCCCCUCCUCCUUUAUGCGUCUGUCGCUGACUGCAUGCCAGCCUCUGAUGGAGGAGCUGCUCCUCGUGUUGCAGCCUCUCAGCCUGCUGACCUUCAACCUCGACCUGCUCUUCCAGCACCACCAUUUGGAGCCAGACAGCCACAGUCCAGAGAUCCCCAGUCCACCGUGUCAGGAUGCUGGAUCCCAGCGGUCAACAGAGGGGUCCAAAUCCAAAAUCACAAGCGGCAGAUAUAUUGAAAGCAUCUCAGAAGUAGACUUUGGAAGCUCAGAAUAUCGGGCAGCCAAAGAAAAAUUGUCACCAUUGAGUAUUCCAAAGACUGGAGAACAAGGGGAGUCAACACAUAGCAGUGAUGCGCCCAGAAAAGUUUCGGUCACUCAGACAAGUCCACAGCUGCUGUGGGUGCAGGAGAAGAAUAUUGGAGACUUACCUCUUCAUGAUGUUGAGGAAGACAGCCUCGCUCAGCAGGCAGAACAGGUGAUUCAGCAGGGAUGGGGGGCUGUGAUGCGCUGGGGAGGCAGACUGAGCCAGAACCUGUCUGAGCUGAACCUGAAAAAGGAAGAGGUGAAGACGGAUCUGUCGGACCUCCAGGCCCAAACAGAAAGUGACUUUGUUGAAGUCAGCGCUGGUGCUCAGGUUCCCUGGGGUCUGGGGCGGCUCUUUGGAGCCUCAAAAACCCUCAACAGCCCACCGGGUCACACACCACCAACCAGGCGUCCUUCUCAGUGGCUUGCUCCUAGUGUCACUGCAUUGACACGAAUAGUGAGCAGCAACUCCACUCCAAUAAUAAGGAGGGGCCCGGAGCCCGAGGGAGAAAGUGAGCCAGAGUCAGAGAAGGAGGUCGACACGCUGGAGAUGAAAGACAAACCCAGACCGCUCAGGUCCAUACGAACGCUGUGUGACCACUCUGGAACAGGUUCGGAGCUUAGCUUCUGCAAAGGGGAGGAACUGGUGGUGUUGGGAGGAGUCGAUCAGGACUGGAUUCGCUGUCGUCAGGGAGACAAAGAGGGACUGGUACCUAUUGGCUACACCUCCCUCAUCAUGUGACUUCGGGUACCAUUCAUAACUGCUGCACUUAAUCAAUAAAAAAUAAAAAAUGAAUAUAUAUAAAUAUAUAUAUAUUUUAGGUGGGUGUUGAGAGGUUAUGGCGAGGCUUAACUACUCUGAAAGGGAUAUUUCACGCUUGCUCGGCUUGAGUUUGAGUUGAGUGCAUAACACCAUCUGUUCUGCUUUACUUGCAUCAGGAGCAGUCUGCAGCCCUCUCCUUUUAUGAACAUAUGGGAGUUUUUUUCCCAUCACAAUCCAUCCAGUUUGGUAGCAUUAAACUAAUGGAUGUUAGCAGCAGGAAUGCAGCAGAUGCUGUGAAAUAAUGACUCGAGUCAGACUUAAAUCAUUUCAUACUGAAAGACCUUUGAUCUUGGAGUGAAGUAUCCCUUUAAAUGUUCUUUUCUCAGUGUCUGCCUUCAUUGUCAGCCACUGAUCUGAAAAUGAUCGCAGGGCAACUUCUGCCCAAUCAACAAAUUGCAGAUGUGAGUGCUUUCAGAUCAGAGGCUGCCUGUCAUGAGGAGGCGCCAGUUGACAGCCUGGUUGUAGCCACAUUGAUGUAUCUUGCCGUCAGCUGGGGAGAGUCCGGCUCGCAGGUUGUCGAGUGGAGAAAAGGAUAUGAGAGUACUGGGCCGUAGCUCCUGUUGCAUACUGCGUAGUGAUGUAGUGAAUUGUAGCUGUGUAGAUCGGUGUUCUAUUGACCUUUCACCCCUAUUGACCUCUCACCUUUAUCGCCUGGUUCAUGUGUGUUUGACAUGUUUCUGCUACUAUAUUUGACUGUAUAAAUAUACAUAAAAAAAAUAUAUAAAGGUAUAUAAAUGGAGAUUGAUAUUACCAAGAUAGAUAGAAAGAUAGAUGAACAAGAGAAAGCAGAUGGUAAAACACAAUCAGCAGCUUAAUACUGUGGCCACAUUGAGGAAGAGGAUGAUUAAAAAUGAAUGGAUUCAUUCUAAGUCUUUACAUCUGCGACUUCACACACACAUUAAGUGGUUGUCAUACAUGCAAAAAAAAAGUGUUUGGUUUAAGUAUGAAAUCCAGUAUCUUCCCUCCUGUUUGCUUCAUGUAUUGUUAUUGUCUUGACAACAUAUUCAUACAAUUAUUAGAUUUAGCCUCAUACCUUUAACACUGUAUGCAUUGUAAUGCGCCAUGAAUGCUUUGAAUGAAUGCCAGAAAAUAUCUAUCCAUCCAUCCCACACAGUUAUAGAAGAUGAUAUCAGACAACAGAAAUCUUUAGCUUAUCUCUCAACUCGUCCAAAUCCUUAAGAGGCCAACAUGUGUCGGAGUAAACACCUCAUAAAACUUUGCUCAGCUCUUGUUCAACACUAUCUGACCUUAGACUUAAUGCAGUGAAAAAAUCCCUGAUAUAUGUUUUCAUAAAUGCUACUGUAAAGUCUGUAGGUUUGGUGGCUGGUCUUCACCUCGUACCUCAGCUGUUGUAUUUAUCUUAACCCUUCCCGCCAUGUUUGCUCAUCAUAAUCAUUGAUAUUAAUGAUAGUGGUAGUAGAAGUGGUAGUAUUGGAAGUGAUAUGUUGAUUCUAACCACAUUGCUUUAUGUCAUAAAUAUAUAUUAGUUAUUCUCUAGAUUCUGUAUUGAUGACUAUGCAUAUGGUUAAAUGUACAACUAACAGUCUUUUUGUUUGUUUUUUACCUCAAGGUUUUGAUUUGAUGUUGACAAAUGAAGCCUAAAACAAUAGCUUAGAUAGUUAAACUUAAUUAUAUAAGAGCCAAAUUUGAACUUGUCAGGAAAAGCUGACACUAAAGGACCUCGAUUUAAUAUAGCAGGAAAGUUUCAUUGCUAUUGAUCAAUCAGGGAAAGCUCAGUUCUUAAAAGUUUCGUCGUGUUAUUGUGUCACGAUAAUGCCAUGUAGCAUGACAUUAUCGUCACUAUGGCAACUGUCCAGUAGCAUUUCGUUGAACCAGUGCUCAUAACUUAUGAUCACAAUAAAAUGCCAUUAAAUGGAUAAUACCUUGGUGUUUACAAGAAAUAAUGUCUCCCAAAAAAAAAAGAAAUAUCAGUUGACAGAUUCAAUUGUGUUUAUAUUUUUCAGUUUGUUUAUUUGUGAGAUUCUGGUCUAAAUGCAUUUGUUCGAAAGCUGUUUUAUUGGAUGUAUUAUUUAUUGAUCUUUAGGUUUCUGAAAGGAAAAGCUCUAUCUGACCCAUCUAGUGUCUCUCUAUCUAUCUGGGUUCUUUGUGUGUGUGUGCGUGUGUGUGUGUGUGUGUGAGAGAGAGAGAGUGCAAAAGCAGCGUAUUUGGCAGUGAAAGCAUAGAUAAAUGUGAGCACAUUGGCGUGUCUGCACAUCCUGCACUUUCACUGUGUGUGUGUGCGUGUGCGUGUGCGUGUGUGCGUGUGCGUCUGUGUGCGUGUAACAAUGAUAUGUGUACCUCCCGCUCUCCUCCCCCUCUUUCUCUCUCUGGUGUCAUGUAGCCUGUAGACAUCCCUGUGUCCUACUAUUGCAUAUAGUUCAGUGCCCCUCUAGUGUCAGUCACUGUCAACUUCCUGCAUGUGCUUGUUUGUAAAUACACCAAAUAAAAUGAUCAGUAUA